AUGUUGUUCGCCCUCAUCUUUGCUCUCUUCAUCACUACCAUUCUCAAUCUUGGCGCUGCCCAGGACAACUGUGCUCGUGAAUACACAGUCGUCACUGGAGACACUUGUAAUGGCAUUUCUACCGCGCAGAAUGUUUCUACCUUCCAGCUCGCUCAUGUGAAUACAGUCAUUGACGCUGCGUGCGACAAUCUGCAAGUUGGUCAGGUGCUUUGCCUGGGGAUCAUUGGUCAAGAUUGUAACGAGACCGUUGUCGUGAUGUCUGGCGAUACUUGUAGUAGUAUCGCCCAAGCGAAUGACAUCGACCUCUCAAUUCUUCUGGUCAACAACAGGAACGUCAAUGCGGCCUGUACGAACCUUUUGGUUGAUACUGUUUUGUGUGUAGCUUCCGGAAUAAUUCCUUAUACGUAA